AUGGACCCAGAAGCAGAUAGAUUCGAUUAUUAUGAUACUCUAAACGCGAGUUUCGAUGAGAUUAAAGCAAGCUAUCGCAAACUACUACGGUUGUGGCACCCAGAUAAACAAGGAGGAGACACUGAUGAAGAAAGAGGAGCUGAAGGUGCCCAGGGAAGAGGAUCCGCGUUCACCAAGAUACAAAAGGCAUACGCGGUUCUCUCCGAUCCCGUUCUUAGAAGACAGUAUGAUCUUCAUGGUCAUGACGGGGUAGUAUUCGCUAAUUUGAUCCAAAAUGAACCAAAACAGGAGAUUUCUCAAAUAGAAGAAGAUAUACAUGAGGAACCCGAAGAUACCAUGCACAUGGAUUUGGCAGAAAUGGAUAAAAAGGUUGCAUUUUUGCUGAGGAAAAGACAAAGUAUGAUGUUUAAAGAAUUGCCAUUUCGCCUCAUUACAAACUGUAAAUUUGCGGGAACUUCAGAUAUUUUUGAUCAGAAUUCUCUUUACUUGAAAAAAAAACUUUUUACUCUUCAGUCAGCAUCUGUAGACAAUUUGCUUGAAGUUGCAAUUGAUAAUUAUAGAUUAGGAUGUACUUUGGAUUCUGUCUUACAGAGGGGAACAUUCGGUUCGAUUUUUGGUAGACUUUACGUGUCUAGAGAGUUUUCAAAUGUAGAAUGUGUACUUUCUGUACAGUCCACUGAUUUUCUCUCGUUUGGAAAUGUCAUUUUAACAUGUAAAAAAAGGUUUUCAGAUUUAUUUUGGGGUACUGCAUACCUCAGCAUGGAUGGUGGUAUGCCAUCUUUGCAUGCAGUAUUCCAUAAACGUUUUACGCAAAAACAUUCUAUGGAACUUUCAGUUUUUAACGAACCAAUGUUAACAUACUCUUAUUUACACGCAAAAAAUAAUGCUAAAGUAAAUGUUAAGUGUGCGGCUUCUAUUCACGACGUAGGAGCGUUACUUAGGUGCAAACUCUACAGUAUUUCCGGGAAUGUUAUUGGAGCACUCAUUAAAUCAUCAGUUAUGGAUGGGUUUUCUCUGGAAUGGUUCUUUAGGUUAAAUCUUGGCUAUAAACUUGAAUAUAGACUUUGUCUGAAGAGGGACUCUGUUAUACUUGUCCUUAAGGGUACCAUAAACGGUUCAAAGGUAGCUAUUCCAAUAACUUUGUGCAAAGGGGAUUAUACACAAUCAAUUAUGAUCACUUCACUACUUACUAUUUGCGCUGCGUAUGCGCCAGUACUGCAUCACAUUUGUUCUAAUACCUUAAACAAGGUUUGGAAUACAGAGUCGGAAUAUGAAACACUCAACUUGCGCCGUUCAUUUUAUUCAGAGUUCCCAACAUUCAGAUACUUUUUGGUUACACAAUCCAUACUACAGGAAUCUAUUGAUGACCAGAAAAAACUUGAAAGGGUAGCAGACCAUAUAGCGGAUUUUGAUAACCCGGAUGACUCACCUGGUCUUGAGAUAUCUGUAGUAGCAGCCAUGCAAAACGCUAGAAGCGAGGCUACUGCUAUGCAAUCGCAUGCAAAACAAUGUUUUAAACACGAAGAAGAGAAGGAUGGAUUAGUCAUUCUUUUUGCAAUUUAUGGACAUCCAGAUGUUGUAAAUUGGAUCUCUGAACGAACUGAACCCUUGGAGGAAUCUGAAAUUUAUGAUAGAUUUGUCAUUGAUGUUACGAAUGUUUUAAUGAGCAAGGUCGUGGACUCAAAUCUUUUUAUAUCAUCGCACAGCAAGGAACAAUUGAUUGGAUUUGCUAAUCCAUGCGCAAACAUGCAAGUGGGUCCAGUACUAUUUGUUAGAUACAAGUACCGAAAUAAAGUAGAGACAAUUACCGUCUUAGAUAACGAAGCCAUAAUUUUGCCCUAG